AUAGCACUUCAGUUGCAAGCAAGCACCAACUGAAGAUAAACAGCUAUUUGGAAGAUGAGUUCAAAUAACUCAUGGAUGUUUCUCCAAUUUUUGCCGAUUUUGGUGAUUAUCAACACGAUAAAGGGACAGGAAAUGGACUUCGGCGUGAACUAUGUGACGUCAUACAGUAAGCGGUACGACAAGAGCAGUAGGCUGGUUCACCUGUCUGUACUGGUGGACGUCCCCGAGUCGGGCCCCACCCUCGCCGUGUACUGGCAAGUCAACGAGGGCGUGGUAGGGGUGGAUGAAGCUUCGUUUGGAACAUCCCUGACCAGAAGUGGGACACAGACCACCUACUUCCUGGUGGCGGAUACAUCGUACGUCAGACAGGUCUUCUUCACCACAAGGAUGGCGGACAGGUCCAGCAGCAUCCGCUUCGAGUCCUUUGAUUGGUCCGAGGACUACCCAAGCCCUUCUUCCUUUCCGAUACGCUUCAGCAAAUGUUCGUCCACAGCAACACUGGGGAAUUCACAAGUCCCCGACCAACAAACAAUGCGUGUAGACUUCAAAUGCAACCCGCCAUUUUCUGCAAAUUAUUACAACUACCCCCGGGUGUACUGGAAUAUGAAGUUUGGAUUGUACUUAUUUAACGACAGCGCAAACACUGUUUAUUAUAAACCUCUUGAAGAAGAAAUCCGCGACAAAAGAGGUGAUCUAUUACUUUCAAGAACACCCAGAAGCUUGAGAAGAUUUCCCUCCGACGAGAGAAUUCCCGGCGAGGACACUAUGGCAUUUCCCGGCGAAGACACAAGGCCGUCGCCAAGAGGGUUAACUCCUUCAAGAAAUACCGCUUUGACUGAAAAUACAUUGUCUCUCCAGCACGAGCUAGCAACAAUAACCAUUGGGGCAACACCAUGGGCAGAACUCGAUUUUUCAAGCACCUUUCUUAAAGAGAAUGUUGUGUUUCUGGAGACCACCCUUGAUGCCCCUCUUCGCAUAGGUCUUGCAAUGGUAUUUUCGUUCGUACAGAAAGUUCCGAUCAGCAAAGACUUACCUUCUGGGGUAUACCUACAGAAGGACGGGGGUAAAACCUUUCCACAGCCUUCCGUCGUGAACUGCCAAGCCUUCGGGAACAACCCACCUAAGGUGAGCAUAACCAAGAACGGCAAAACAGUUACAAAGACUGAGAAUAUUUCUGUUCAGGAGAUAAGGUCACCUCUGUUUUCUACCUCUUACGUCACCUUCGUAAAGAAAAGUUUGGUUAACAGAGAAGCAGACGGUCAAUACAGCUGUUUCUAUGACAACCCACAAGGUGACGUCAAGCUCAGUGAUUUCUCCGUCUUAACGAGACCAAUCUUCCUAGAAGAUCAGACCAGGAUGACAGAACAGACUCCAGGGGAGCUGGCACUUCGUCUGGUGGUGGAAGGCAAUGGACAGAUGGUGGUAUCUUGUCAUGUUCCGGUCCCAGAUCACAUGGUCCUGAUUAACAAGGCAGAGAAAUCGGAGCAGCCGACCACAACAACAUUACACCGGAAGGAAGUGACGCUUACGUACCGAUAUCCGCCGGAAGCCGUGCGGCCAUUUGAUUACUUUUGUACUGUCCGCGAUGAAUAUGGAUACCACAACACACAUUACGUCCAUCGAUAACAUGCUAACCCCUUGACUGGCUUAGAACCAAUUCUCGUCAAGUACUAGUUCUCACUACUGCAUAAUUUAACAUGCUAAGUAGUGUGGUGUCGAUAAUACAUUAGGUUCUUGGUGUGAAUAGGUCUCAGGCCAGUAGAGUAAACUUAAUCAUAAAUCAAACGAAUUCAUAAAAUUCAUUUCUUUUGCUAUUUGAAAGAGAUACAUACUUUAGAAUAAUAUCAAUCAUCUUGCCUCGAUAAAAAUUGGUUAAGGUCUUUUAAAAAACAAACUACUACGGCAUAAGCGAUCCUUCAGUUCCUACAAAGAUUCUCUAAAACAAAGGUUUAGUAUGGACAAAAUUGCACAUACAGAUAGUCUGACUGUUAUUUUAUUUAAAAGUUCUCGAACAUUUGUUCAUUUACAAAUUCAGAACACAUCGUUAUGCACUUGAGUGUACAUCUUGUCAAACUAGGUAAUUUAUCAAAUAUUUACCUAAAUUAAGUUCUAUGUAUUCAAUAAUACGUAUGUUCAAUUUUCAACAAUGUCUACAUGUAUAACAAAUAAUAAUCGGCAAAACGAAACUCAACCUGUACAGAUGAAUACAGGUAUAUGCAACAUGGGGGUGUACAAACAUUGAUUUUAAUCCUUACUGGGUUUUCAUUAAUGACUUUUAUAAACCUUACUAUGGGGGAAAACUACUAUAUAGUACCCCGGCCCCUUCGUCCCACCCUUCGGGGAAAGGCUACUAUAAAGCAGGUUUUCAAUGCUACUAUGGGGGUAAAACUGCUCUGCAACACCGGUAAAGCCACCAGUAUUAGAACUGAACUUCCAAGAAAAUAUAUAAAAUAGCCAAUCCACCUUAACGACCCAGCAAUCCCUAUGUUAUAAUUGUAGAAAACUGUGCGAUUUCAGUUAGAAAUCAGGCCUCAGGAUCAUGAAGCAAUUUCAGGCUUAACGAGGCCGGGUCUAAUUAGUUCUGCCCUAGAUUUUUUAAUGAAAUUUUUUACCUGAAUUUCUACUGAUAUAAUUAUUGUUUUAAGAUUAAAAAAUAAGACAUUUACCACACCGUUUGUUUAGGGGGUCAUCUCAAAGUUUGUUAAUCUUUAACAUAGGACCCUAUGGGAUUUCGCUUGAAAUGUAUCAAUUUUGCACAUUUUUUUAAACUUCUGCCCUAGGGAUUUCUUUUUCUGUUCUACAUGUUAAAGUUAUUGCUAAAAGGCAUCAAAUGGUCAAAUAAAUAAAAACCCUUUACCUCCUGGUUUGUUCCAGGGGUCUUAUCAAAGUUGAUUUUUGUGUGCCCAAUUUCCCAGAUUUGUCAGGUAAUGGCUAUUUUUUAUUUGACAAAGGCGGAAAAGGUGAUCUUUAUAGUAUUAUUAAAGCCUUCAGACAUAUUUAAGUAAUAAAAAAAUAUAUAACAUCACAUAUUAAGGGUCAUUAAUAUAAAAUACAUGGUUACUGUCUUGAAAUAUAUGAAUUAAGCUAUAUUUAGGCGAGUUAAGAAAACGUGACAGAGGGUUUGGCCUGCUGAACCCUCUUCAUUUUUUCGACCCGAGCCCAAAUAUAGCUUAUACUUCGAAACAGUUAUGUUUAUUCCACAAUAUAACAUUAAUUUUACGCAUUAAACGAGCCAUUUUCAACAAAUUUCGCUAAAUAUCUGCAGAUAAAACUAUCACGCCAUGGCGUCAAACAAGCAAAAAGAUGACGUCACAAUACAAAUGAAACGCUGCGCGAAAGCGUGCGUACUCGUUCUGUACUCGGCCU